GGCAGAUCAUCAAUCAAUCAGGUCAGCAUCACCUCAGCUCAUCUCGUCUCCUCGCGGCGACUUUUCGACAACCAAAAGAAUCUGUUAGUUUUUUUCGCGACGGCAAGAAGAAGAAGAAUGGCGGCGACAACAACCACAACCCAGACCCAGACCACCCAGACCCAGACCCCGAAACUGAAAGCCUGUGAUCGCUGUGCCGCCAUCAAGCAGGUGUGCGAUCGUGUCGACGGCGGUGGCGCGUGUUCGCGGUGUGCCAGACUGGAAUUACCAUGCGCAAUCACCCGGAUCCACAAGCCCAUGGGCCGGCCGCGAAAGAAGCCUGCUGUUGCGGCUGCUGUUGCGACUGCGGAACAGGAAGUGGUGGCCCCGCCGCCGGUGGUGGUGGGGAUGGUGCACAACGACGUCGUCUCCGCCGCGGAUGUGUCUAGUGCCGGAAGCGAGAGUGAUUCCCCCGCCGCCGACGCCGCCGGGCAGCAGAGACACCACAGCAGGCCCGCGUGCAGGAUCAAGCGCGUGCAGAGGACCCGGUCCGGGUGUAUCACUUGCAAGCAGAGACGCAAGAAAUGCGACGAAGCCCUCCCCGUCUGCGGCGACUGUAACCGUCUGGGCCUCGGGUGCCAGCGGGUGCCGCCGCCACCGCGCCCGUCGGCAGCGCACCGGCGCACCCCAUCCACCAGCAGCAGCACACCCGUCUGCACCUCCCUCACAGCCGUCCGCCGGCCGCUCCACCACGCCUCUAGCCCGGGGCUGCAACUGACCCCCCUCAGCCUGUACAACGGGUGCACGUCGAACGAGCAGCACCUUCUCCAGCACUACACACACGUCGUCAGCCGGUCGUUAUCCGUCGUCCCGGACGAGAUAAACGCGUUCAUCACCCUCUUCGUGCCGAUGGCGCUCGCGCAGCCGGCGAUGCGCAGCGCCCUGCUCGGGCUCUCCGCGACGCACCUGAAGCGCAUCCACUCGAGCUUCGAGGUGACGGCGGUGGAGUACCAGAACCGUGCGCUGAAGCUGGCGAACCAGCUGCUCAUGCGCGGCACGCAGGACGCUGCGAUGGAGGGUCUCGCUGCGGUCCUAUUCCUCUGCCUCCAGGAGGUCUGUGAGGGGAAGAGUCGCAAGUGGCCCCUGCACCUCCAGGCUGCAGUUACGAUCAUUAAUGAACGUGGCGGCCCGAUGAGUUAUCCGCUCGAGGUGCGGUUUUUAAUCGAGACCGUCGCAUACUUCGACGCAAUCGCGACCCUCUCCUCCUCCAAGUCCGCGUUCCUGGACCAACAAUUCUACCUCCCGCCCCUCCUCUCACCGUCUUUACCAGCCCACGCGCUAUUCGGCACUUCGCACUUGCUCUUCGCAAUAAUCGCCGACAUCUCGCAACUCGCACAAGUCCGUCACAUCCGGUACCACAGCGCCGCGACCUCGCGGAACUUCCACACGCUGGCGAGCACACUGGAGCUGCAGCUGCAGUCGUGGACGCCCGCGCGCUGCAGCAGCGUCACGAGGGACCCGCACCUGGAAAGGAAGAUCACCGCCGCCGGAGUAAUGCUGCAGUGGGCAGCGCUGAUGCGGCUGCAUCUGGUUGCCGCCGAUGUCGCCGAUGUAAAACACCCCAAGGUUAGGGUGGCCGUACGGAAUAUUCUCGCCGCGCUCGAGACGAUUCCGCCUGGGGACCUCGUAGAGAGUAUGCUCAUCUUCCCCGUGUUUGCGGCGGGGUUUGGAGCGCUGGGCGCGGCGGAGAGAGAUAUCGUCGAUAGCAGGUUCGAGGUCAUGGAGAGGUCCAUUGGGUUCGGGAAUGUAUUUGAUGCGCAUGAGGCGGUGCGCGUGCAUUGGGCGAGGAUGGAUGCCGGAGAGUAUGUGGGCCGCGAGGUUAGUUGGGAGGAAGUCGUGGGGAGCGCGGGCGGGUCGUUGAUCAUGUCAUGAGUUGAUGUAUUAGUAUCACUGGAUAGGUGCUGGAUAGGUGCGAGAUCAAGGGCACUGUGGUGGCAUACAAGUAAAAUGGUAAUUGUAACAACACA